GCCGCGGCGUCGCUGCCUGAGCGUAAGAUAGAGACGUGGCUGAGGACUGAAGCAUGCUGGACUUCGCGAUCUUCGCCGUGACUUUCCUGCUGGCGCUAGUGGGAGCCGUGCUGUACCUCUACCCGAAGCAAAAUUGUUGAUCGUUGGUGAAGAGAGAAGGCUUGAAGAGGAAUGAAAUCCUUACCUGUCACCAUCUAAGCUGUUACUGAAUCUGGAAUCUUAGAGUCUGCUUCCAGAAAAAGUGGCUUCCCGACAAGCUGCAGGAAUUCCAGGGAUUACACCAACUGAAGAAAAAGAUGGUAAUCUUCCAGACAUUGUGAACAGUGGAAGUUUGCAUGAGUUCCUCCUUAAUUUGCAUCAAAGAUACGGGCCUGUGGUCUCUUUCUGGUUUGGCAGGCGCCUUGUGGUUAGUUUGGGCACUGUUGAUGUUCUGAGGCAGCAUAUCAACCCCAGUAAGACCUUGGACCCUUUUGAAACUAUGCUAAAGUCACUCCUAAGGUAUCCAUCUGGUGGUGGGAGUGUGCGUGAAAGCCACAUGAGGAGGAAACUGUAUGAAAAUGGUGUGACUAAUUCUCUGCAGAGCAAUUUUCCUCUCCUGCUGAAGCUCUCAGAAGAAGUAUUAGAUAAAUGGCUUUCCUACCCAGAGACCCAGCAUGUACCCCUCAGCCAACAUAUACUUGGUUUUGCUAUGAAGUUUGUUACACAGAUGGUACUGGGUGGUACAUUUGAUGAUGAACAGGAACUCAUUCGCUUCCAAAAGAUUCAUGGCACGGUUUGGUCAGAGAUUGGAAAAGGCUUUCAAGAUGGGUCACUCGAUAAAAAUACUGCUCGGAAAAAACAAUAUGAAGAUGCCCUUAUGCAGUUGGAAUCUAUUUUAAAGAAAAUCAUAAAGGAACGAAAAGGAAGGAACUUCAGUGAACAUAUUUUCAUUGACUCCUUAGUGCAAGGAGAUCUUACUGAGCAACAGAUCUUAGAAGACAGUAUGAUAUUUUCUCUGGCUGGUUGUAUAAUAACUGCAAAGUUGUGUACCUGGGCAAUCUGUUUUCUGACAACCUCUGAAGAAGUUCAAAAGAAGUUCUACAAGGAGAUAGACCAAGUUAUUGGGAAGGGUCCUAUUACUUCAGAGAAAAUAGAGCAACUCAGAUAUUGUCGGCAAGUGCUUUGUGAAACUGUUCGAACUGCCAAACUAACUCCAGUUUCUGCCAGGCUUCAAGAUAUUGAAGGAAGAAUCAACCAGUUUAUUAUUCCUAGAGAGACCCUCAUUCUUUAUGCCCUUGGUGUGGUUCUUCAGGAUCCAAGUACUUGGCCUUCACCACACAAGUUUGAUCCUGAUCGCUUUGCUGAUGAUUCGGUGAUGAGAGUGUUUUCCUCACUUGGGUUUUCAGGGACACAGGAAUGUCCAGAGCUGAGGUUUGCAUACAUGGUGAGUGCAGCUCUUCUGACUGUUCUUGUGAGGCGACUGCACCUGUUGCCUGUGGAGGGACAAGUAUUUGAAAUGAAGUAUGCACUGGUCACAUCAUCAAGGGAAGAAGCUUGGAUCACUGUCUCAAAAAGAUACUAAACUUUUAAACAUUUAAAAAUCAUUAAGUAGCCAGGCAUGUGGCGCAGGCCUUUAAUCCCAGCACUUGGGAGACAGAGGAAGGUGGAUCUCUGUGACUUCAAGGCCAGCCUGGUCUACAUAGCCAGUGCCAGGCCAGCUGGGGCUACAGGGAGACCAUGUCUCAAAAGACAAAAAAAAAAAAAAAAAACUUUGUUAAGUAGAUGAAGGAAACUAAUUUAGAAUGUGUGUGAAUCUUUUUAUAA